AUGAUUGGAUUCGGAUACGGAGCUGGGGUUACCGAUACAUACUCAGAUCAUCAAAAUCACAAGCAAUACAUUGAUUUAGAGACAUUCCCUGCAUUUUUACUAUUAGUGGCCAUGUCUCCUACGAAACUAGAGGCUGAUGAUAACCUUGCAUUGCCUGCUGGGGCCAUAAAAAAUGUUCCACCAACCUACAUUGAUCCCAUUUCCAAUGCUCAAACCUUUUCUGGGCUUGAGAUUUUGGAGGGCUCCUUCCCUAUCAUCGACCUGGAAGCCCUUCACAGUCCUCGCCGCUCCGAUAUCAUCGGACAGCUUGGCCAUGCAUGCCAGCACUAUGGUUUCUUUUUGGUGAAGAACCAUGGAAUUCAAGAGACAAUGAUCAAUGACAUAAUAGGCACGACAAGGGAGUUCUUCCAUCUGCCAGAUGAAGAAAAGAUGAAAUCCUUCACUCCUGACCCUAGCAGCGGGAUCAGGCAUGAUACCGCCUUUCAAGACAAGACUAACAAUGUCUUUGUCUCGAGAGAAUCCUUGAAAUUUCCCAUCCAUCCUCUGGAAGACUAUGUGAAUCUGUGGCCUUCAAACCCUGCAUCUUUCAGGAAGAUUGCAGCUGAGUACUUUACAGGUACUAAAGAGGCAGAAAUAGCACUAAUGGAAGCCAUAUUUGAAAGCUUAGGCAUGGAAAGGGAUUCCAUAGACAAAACACUAAGCAAACACGGACAGUAUGUCUCUCUGAAUUACUAUCCAAGAUGUGUAAAGUCAGAGCUAGGGGGUACUUGUGGCUUGCGUCCUCAUACUGAUCCUUCUAUAAUCACAAUGCUACUCCUAGAUGACGUACCUGGGCUAGAAGUUUUACAAAAUGACGAGUGGAUGGCCAUCAAGACUUUUCCAAACACCUUGGUUGUUCAAGUUGGUGACCUCCUACAGGCACUUAGCAAUUGUAGAUACAAGAGUCUGCUCCAUCGAGUUAUCGUGAAUCCCGAGAAAGAACGACUAUCCAUUGCUACAAAUUGUCAUCCAUCAAAUGAUACUUCAGUUGGACCUCCUAAGGAAUUGAUUGAUAAAGAUAGUAAUCCAGCAAUCUAUAAAAAUUUCACCUACAAAGAGUUCUUCUCUGCAAUGUGGCAAGAAGUACGUGCAAAUGAUAGCCGCUUGGACUCCUUCAAGAUUAAUUCCACUUCUUAA